CGUUUUCCCCUAAGCAGAGUACUGAAGUUAGAAGGGUUGAUUUCAACAGUUGGCUGCGACCACUGUCCUACCCAAGCUGGAGACAGAGCUGCUCCUCUGCGCCUCACAGGCCGGUGACCAGUCCCCCACUGGAACUCCACCCGACCACAGACCCGCAGGAUUUGUGCCAGUGACUGAUUUCUGGAAGGCAAAGGUUCGUGCCUGUUUCCAACUUCUGUUUUCCGAGGCAGCCAGGGGAAGCGGAGCAAGAACUCGGAGUUCUUUCCCUCAGAUUAAGAGCUUUGGCAGGGAGCAGAGCAACCAUUGGAAAGGAAAGGCGGGACCUUACGGCCAGCCUGCCAAACUUAUGCCCUGCAGCCCUAGCGCCACCACCGAGGUCUAGCCCGCCAAAUCCGGAACCUGGUUGAGCAGCCCAGAAGCCAAGGUGACAUCUGUGUGUCUCUUCAGCCUGAAGACCCAGGACCAACAUGGAAACAAAUCUCUGCUUAGAGGUGACACAGUCUCACCCAGACUUGGUCAUCUGUGUAAAAGAAGUGACUCUUGGGGAAGAAAACCGAAAGAAAAUGGACUUAGUGAAGAGAAAGCUGGAGAAGACAAAUAUUACAAAGGCUGCCUGUGCUCUGUUAAACUCUGGAGGAGGAGUGAUUGAGAUACAAAUGGCCAACAACAGUGAUCAUCCUGUGGAGAUGGGACUGGACUUGGAACAGUCUUUGAGAGAGCUUAUCCAGUCUUCUGAUUUGCAGACUUUCUUUGAGACCCAACAACGAGGAAAACAUUUUUACAUUUUUGUUAAAUCUUGGACCUGUGGGCCUAGAAGUGGUUCUGCUAAGCCUCGUAUUUGCAGCCAAAAUUCUUCCUUGUACCGUAGAUCUGGAACUUCUGUGAUUGAAAUGAAUUUUAUAGAUGCAUUCACAUUUCUAAAGGACAAGAAGAGUGUCAAAUGUAGUCUGACUGAUGAAGGAACUUCACCUGCUAAAAAAUCCAAAACUAUGCAUCAGAACAACCCUGAAUUAAAAUCUGCUUCUGAAAUUUUCCAGUGUGAGAAACUUGAAUAUGGUCAAAUCUUACCUUUUCCUGAAUCUACUUAUAUAGAGUUUAAACAAUUCUCUACAAAAAAAAUCCAAAACUAUAUAAAAAAUAUAAUUCCAGAGUAUGUCUCUGCAUUUGCAAAUACCCUUGGAGGCUACCUUUUCAUUGGAGUGGAUGACAAGAGUAAGAGGGUCCUGGGAUGCCCAAAAGACAAUAUUGAUCGGGACUCUUUGGAAAGAGUGGCAAAGGAAGCAAUAUCCAAGUUGCCAGUUUUCCAUUUUUGUUCAUCUGAAGGAAAGGUGUCUCCCCAGACCAAAGUCAUAGAUGUGUUUCACGAAGGGAAUUUGCAUGGUUAUCUCUGUGUGAUCAAAGUGGAGGCUUUCUGCUGUGCUGUGUUCUCAGAAGAUCCCACUUCAUGGAUGGUAGACAAGGAGAAACGUAUCUACAACCUGACUACUAAGGAGUGGGUAGACAUAAUGAUGGAUGCUGGUCCAGAGGCAGCUGCCAAUCAGUCAUCUUCCCUCCGUAACCUGUGUGAAGACUUUGAGUCUCAGCUGAGUCUCUCCAACAGCCCUCCAUGCUGCAGACCAGUGUAUUCUAAGAAAGGACUGGAGAAUAAAGUCGAGCUCCAAAAGCGUUUAUUUCCAGUGUCACCAGGACGUUUGACAUAUACUCCUGAAUCCCUCUGGAGCGAGCUGUGCUCAGAGCAUGAGAGAUUGGAGAACUUAAUAAACCAGGAAAUGGGUUCUGUCUCCUGUGGUUUGCUGAUUGUCUCUAGAAGCUGGGCUGUGGACCUGGACCUGGAAGAGAGGCAGGGAGUCAUCUGUGAUGCUCUGCUGAUUGCAGAGAAUAGCUCCCCCACCCUCUACACCAUUCUUGAGGAGCAGGAUGAGUGGGGAAAGGACUACUGUACCCACACUGCCUUUACUCUGAAGCAGAAGCUAGUGAACACUGGUGGCUACACUGGGCGGGUGUGUGUCAUAACCAAGGUUCUCUGUCUGAGUUGUGAGAGCAAUGUAGAGACCAGUGAGUUGUCAGCCUCUUCUUUAGAUUACCCACGUUCCUACAACCUUGCAAACACCCAGGAAAUGGAAGCCUUGCUGCAGGCCCUUGUGAUUGUCUUGCUCAACUUCAGAUCUUUCUUGAGUGACCAGCUUGGCUGUGAAAUUUUGAAUCUUCUCACAGCCCAACAGUAUGAGAUAUUCUCAAAAAAUCUCCGCAAAGCCAAGAAACUGUUUGUGCAUGGCUUGCCGGGGUCAGGGAAGACAAUCAUGGCCAUGAAGAUCAUGGAAAAGAUCAGAAACACAUUCCACUGUGAAACAGAUAGAAUUCUCUACAUCUGUGAAAAUCAGCGUUUGAGGGACUUUAUCGGGGCAAAAAAUAUUUGCCGGGCAGUGACCCGGAAAACUUUCAUGAAAAAUGAAUUUGAGACAGACAGAAUCCAACACAUCAUUGUUGAUGAAGCUCAGAAUUUCCGCACUGAAAAUGGGGACUGGUAUAAUAAGGCAAGAGUCAUCAUUCAGAGAGAGAAAAAUUCUACCAGAAUUCUCUGGAUCUUCCUGGACUAUUUUCAGACCAGCCACACGCAACAGAGUGGCCUCCCAAGUUUCUCAUGCCAGGAUCCAAAGGAAGAGCUCACAAGAGUGAUACGCAAUGCAGACAGAAUAGCUGUGUUCUUACAAAAGGAGUUACAGGAAAUCAGAGAUAACCUUCCACCCAGGAUCCCUCCCAAGUGCCUGGAUAUACUCAAUGAAUUUACCUGGGCUCAAGGUGUAUCAGGCAGCUUGGAGCUCAGACAAUUGAGCAUGGAAGACAUGGUGAUCUAUGUAGCAGAUAAGUGCAAUUUUUUCCUGAGGAAUGGCUAUUCUCCCCAAGAUAUCGCUGUGCUUUUCAGCACAGAGGAGCAAAAGAAUAUACAUAAAGGUGAUUUCCUGAGAGAAAUGAGGAAGAAGAGAGUGUCUCAGAUGGAUGAUGUCACGUUUGACAGCAUCCGUCGAUUCUCAGGCCUGGAAAGAACCAUUGUGUUUGGUAUUGAUCCCCAUUCAAUUGAGUGGCGCAUUUCCCACAACCUUCUGCUCUGCUUGGCUUCCAGAGCAAGGAAACAUCUGUAUAUUCUGAGGCUUCCUGGUCAUUUUGCUCCUGUUGAUAUAGCUCAGUAGUAGAAGGGGAUGCUUGAGGCCUAGGUUCAUUCACUGGCGAUAGGAAAACAAAACCUCAUCUAGGCCCUUCUGUACAAGAAGAAAGGUAAAGAUAGUACAAAGCUCUGUCCCGCAGUUUCAGAAAAUGCUGACAAAAAGAUUACCAGUGGACACUGAAAGUUGCUGUGCAUCUCAGGCUGAAAACUAAGUUGCAGAAAAGAACGGCAAAACAAUGUGCACAUGACACAUGCUGUGAAAAAACUAAAACCACAAAGAUUGAAACUAUAGAUAAAAACAAUACAACAUAGUAAGUCAUAUCUGAGUUCUAAAAUAGACUGCCAUUUUAAAUUGUUAAAUACAUUUAUGAAAACUAAAUGUAUUUAUUUAUAAGUAUAAGGACCAAAAACACCCAGGGCUCAGAAGAGAAACACAGGCCCACCUUGCAGCACCAGCCAGCAGGCCACUAUUAGAGUGAGCAGAGGUACAGUAUGGUGUCUUAUUUGGAUGGGGUGAGGAGAGAGAGAGAGAGAGUUCAAGUCCUAUGGACAGAGGCAUAUCUGAAGAAAUAAGAGAGGAAGGGAGUGGGCUGAGACGGUGAGGGAGCUGACUUCUUGACCAGCAGCAACACACUGGAAAGCAGGCCCUGCACUUUGUCGGGGCAACAUAGCAAAGGUGAUCACACUCACGCUGAGGACAUGAGUGUGGGAGAGCUAGCCCCACUCCUCAUCAGCCACAAGUGGCAUGGGAUGGGGAGAGAUGCCCUUCCACCUCCCCUCUGCCCUGCGCCCAACAACACUGGAGGCAGGUGAGAGAGCUGGCCCUGUGGUCAUAAGAGUGGG